CCCUUCGUUUCUCUCUCCCCUUCCCUCCCAUAGCCGUCGAUGGCGUCGUCCUCAUCUCCUCUCCUCACUGUGAUCCCGAUCUGCUGAGCCGACGAGCAAGCUCUAAUUUCAAAAAAGAAAGAAAUUUCGAUUCCCGGCUUCGCCCGCGCCGAUCUCCCGCGACAUCCUCGCCGUAGAGAAGCAUCCAGCUUUAGUGGCGGGAAUGGAUUGGGUGUCCGUGAAGGCGAACCCGCAGCAGGUGAGCGUCCAUGGCGACUGGGUGUCGGCCGUCAUGCCGCUGAUGAAGCUGCUGUGCUUGACGGUCAUCGGGCUGGUGCUCGCCAACCGCAGGAUUCAGAUCAUCCCCAAGGCCACCUUCAAGCUUCUGAGCAAGCUCGUGUUCGCGCUGUUCCUCCCCUGCAUGAUCUUCGUCCACCUCGGCCCGUCCGUCACCAUCCAGAAUGUGCUGGACUGGUGGUUCAUCCCGGUCAACGUGCUCAUCAGCACCGCCGUCGGGUGCAUUCUUGGGUACAUUGUGGCGCUGAUCUGCCGCCCCCCGCCACAGUUCUUCAGGUUCACGGUGAUCAUGACCGGAUUUGGCAACACCGGUAACCUCCCGAUCGCGAUAAUUGGGUCGGUAUGCCAUACUACAGAUCACCCGUUUGGCCGCGGAUGCGACCGCAAGGGUAUUGCCUAUGUCUCGUUUGCUCAGUGGGUUGCUGUUAUUCUUGUCUACACCUUUGUGUACCAUAUGAUGGAGCCACCAAUGCAAUUCUAUGAGAUAGUAGGCGAGGGUGCCGAGAUUGAGGAAGAGCCUGAACAGACCAGCAGCUUCAGUAGACCUCUUCUUCAGGAAGCAGAGUGGCCAGGAAUGGCUGAUAAAGAAACGGAGCACUCGAAGACACCCUUCAUUGCUCGGAUUUUCAUGAGUAUUUCAGGCUCUUCACAGAAUACAUUCCCUGAUAUUGAUUUUUGUGCAGAAGAGGGCACUUCUGGUGCUGGGCCUAGCAGUCCAAAGUCACUUAGGUGUUUGGCAGAGCCGAAAGUAGUAAGGAGGAUCAGGGUCGUGGCUGAGAAGACUCCGAUUCAGCAUGUUCUUCAGCCACCAACCAUCGCUUCCUUGCUCGCCAUUAUCAUCGGCAUGGUUCCUCUAUUCAAAGACUUCGUGUUUGGGGCUGAUGCACCGCUUUCAUUCUUUACGGAUAGUUUGGAGAUUCUAGCUGCAGCGGUUGUACCCUCGGUGAUGCUAAUUCUUGGGGGCAUGCUUGCAGAAGGACCAAAUGAGAAUGCCUUGGGUAUCCGGACCAUCAUUGGCAUAACUGUGGCAAGGCUUCUGAUUCUCCCAUGCAUUGGCAUAGGUGUUGUGCUGCUGGCAGAUCGGUUGCAUCUACUUGUUGAGGAUGACCACAUGUACCGCUUUGUGCUUGCGCUGCAGUACUCCACCCCUAGCGCCAUCCUGCUCGGCGCAAUCGCGAGCCUGAGAGGCUAUGCUGUCAAGGAAGCAUCGGCGCUCCUAUUCUGGCAGCACGUCUGUGCAGUGCUAUCUCUUUCCAUCUACCUGGUUGUAUAUUUCAGGUUGCUGACCUUCUGAAAGAGAUGUGGCCUGCCUUCCAAACUUGUAGUAUAUCAUUCAUCUUGCGAAGCGAUUGCUAGGGGCACCGGUGCUUGAAUUGAUUUUUCAACCACGUCUCCUUAUGGUCAAAUGUAUUUAGAGUAUUUAUAAUUUGUUAGUGAGUCAUCCAUCCUUCAGUUACAUGUAGAACUUGAGAACACGAGAUAUGUUGUUGCUGUUAAUUGCAGUCAAUAUUACACUUUCUGUUCACCUGUGCAUUUCUUGAUCCGAUUGUGGCAUUACACCUGUUGCUCAGAAGUCAGAAGUUGUACAAUUGCAUUACAAGUCAAUAUAUUGUAAAUUCAUGCUUGAAUAUUAGGGGGAUGUUUAGUUGGUGAAAUGAAAAUUUUUGCG